AUGAGUUUGAGUGCGAGAAGAGUCACUUUGCCUGCAAUAACGCCAAUAGUUCUACAGAAAAGGGGUUUACAUUUUAUUUACAGUCUAAAUCUUCCAUCAGAAAAAAGAACAAUAGAAGACCAUGAACUGGUGAUGGAAGUGCUAUCUAAUUGGGGAAUGGAAGAAGAGAAUAAGCUAUACUUUAGAAAAAAUUAUGCCAAAUAUGAAUUCUUUAAAAAUCCAAUGUAUUUUUUUCCAGAGCACAUGGUGUCUUUUGCAACUGAAACCAAUGGUGAAAUAUCCCCCACACAGAUUUUGCAGAUGUUUCUGAGUUCAAGCACAUAUCCUGAAAUCCAUGGCUUCUUACAUGCAAAAGAACAGGGAAAGAAGUCCUGGAAAAAGAUUUACUUCCUUCUGAGAAGAUCUGGUUUAUAUUUUUCUACUAAAGGAACAUCAAAGGAACCACGGCAUUUGCAGUUUUUCAGCGAAUUUGGCAAUAGUGAUAUUUAUGUGUCACUGGCAGGCAAAAAAAAACAUGGAGCGCCAACUAACUAUGGAUUCUGCUUUAAGCCUAACAAAGCAGGAGGGCCCCGAGGCCUGAAAAUGCUCUGUGCAGAGGAAGAGCAGAGUAGGACGUGCUGGGUGACCGCCAUUAGAUUGCUUAAGUAUGGCAUGCAGCUGUACCAGAAUUACAUGCAUCCAUAUCAAGGUCGAAGUGGCUGCAGUUCUCAGAGUCUGUCACCCAUGAGAAGUAUAUCAGAGAAUUCCCUGGUAGCAAUGGACUUCUCAGGCCAGAAAAGCAGAGUUAUAGAAAAUCCCACUGAAGCCCUUUCAGUUGCAGUUGAAGAAGGACUUGCUUGGAGGAAAAAAGGAUGUUUACGACUAGGCAUUCAUGGUAGCCCCACUGCUUCUUCACAGAGCUCUGCCACAAAUAUGGCUAUCCACCGAUCCCAGCCAUGGUUUCACCAUAAAAUUUCUAGAGACGAAGCUCAGAGACUAAUUAUUCAGCAAGGACUUGUAGAUGGAGUUUUCUUGGUACGGGAUAGUCAGAGUAAUCCCAAAACUUUUGUACUGUCAAUGAGUCAUGGACAAAAAAUAAAGCACUUUCAAAUUAUACCGGUGGAAGAUGAAGGUGAAAUGUUUCACACCCUGGAUGACGGCCACACGAGAUUUACAGAUCUGAUCCAGCUAGUGGAGUUUUAUCAACUUAAUAAGGGUGUACUUCCUUGCAAGUUGAAACAUUAUUGUGCUAGGAUUGCUCUUUAG